AUGAAUGCUCAAGUUUCUAUUCUGAAAGGCUCCUACAACCUCAUCUGCUUUCCCCACCAACUCUACUCCUUCCUGGUCCAGCCCAUUAUCCGCACCCUCAUUCCCCAGACCCAGGACCUCAACAUCUCCUCCCAUGCCCCCGAGCACGAGCUCGACGGCCUGACUCCCGACCAGCAGCACCGCUUCCUCAACAUCUCCAUUACCCCCAUCGAGUGCUCCCUCGUCGUCCACGCCUCCUGGGCCCAAAAUGUCUUUCGUCCCAUCAUCGACCGCCUACCCGCGGACCUCGCCGCCCAGGUCCACGUCUCUUCCGACACGUACAUGAUUCUCUGCGUCAUCGCCGCCAGCCUCGACCCGGCCGGUCGCGUCAUGGAGCUCUCGUCGCCCCUCGCCCUCGCCGGCAUCCCCAUCUUCUUCCUCACCACCUACUACUCAGACUUUAUCCUCGCGCCCACCCACGAGCGGCCCCGCGUCAUUGACGCCCUCUCCGCCCGCGGCUUCGACUGCCUCGAGGGCAACCGCUUCUUCCACCAGGACGCCUCGUACAAGCACCACGACUCCUCCUCCUCCUCCUCCUCCCACGUCCGCUUCUCAGCCACUCCCGACACCCCGCCUGCCAUCAUCGCCGAGCUCCAGCGCAAAACCUUUGAGCUCCUCAAGAAGCGCAACGUCACCCCGUUUGUCGACACCACCCUCGAACUGCUCCUCGCCGGCGGCCGCGACGUCUCCCAGCUGCCCGGCGCCUACGCCUGCUACCCCUCGCCUAACAGGCGCAAGAGCUCGCUGCCCGAGGCCCGCCGCGCCGCCACCUGGGGCGACGGCGUCGACCCCCGCCUCUUCAACUGCAUCGUGUCCGCGCUCGUCUCCCAGCCCAAGUUUCUGUCCGUCACGCUGGCCGAGGAGGACCCGCCCUCGGUGCUCAUGGACAAGAACCUGUUGUCGCUGUUUGGCGACUCGGUCGUCGGCGACUUCAACACGACGCUGAUUCCCAUCUUUUUGAACCUGGAGAGCCUGCCGUCCGAGGUGACGGGCGUGGUGUCGGGCGUCGCGGGGAAGCUGGUCCAGGAGAUGAAGGUCCGGAAUAUGCUGGAAAUGUCGUACUUGUCGACGGCGCGGGCGAGUGCCGUGGUGCUGCCGCAGGAACAGGCAGAGCGCGCGCUGUCGAUUCUAGAUGAAUGCAUGGAAAUGGCCGAGCUUCUGCCAUGA